AGGAGAGGACAGACAUGAAUGACAGCAGCUUGAACAAAAUGUCAAUUCUAAAAUUCUUUUGAACAAAGUGUUAAAAUCAGAAUUUUCAUUAACAAGGUUUGUAAUUCAUGGACACAGCAGUAUUGCCAAAAUAGACUCAAAUCUCUUCAGAAGAUCAAGUAACAGUACUUAAAAAUCCAAACUGCAUUAAAAAAAUCAACUCUCCAGCUCAGAAAUGAAAAUCUGAAAGGGAACAGAUCUAUUAGGAAGUCUGUAAGAGCAGGCAUGGCACAGAAGAGGCGAACAGGAAUCACUACAUGAUCUUGAGAAUGCAGCAUUAAGGGAGCAGCAGUCAGAACAAAGAAACAACCACAAAAAAAAAAUCAGAAAAUACUUUUGGAUUUCUACAACUGUAUAAAUCAGUGCUUCAAGAUGUUAAAGGCCAGAUGUAUCAACUGGCUCAGAAGGAGAUCUGAAACUAGACAGCACUGUCAUGUAGGAAGCAAUUAGUACUGACCAAGAAACAAAAGCAGGUAUCUAUUCUUUUAAAAAAAAAAUUAAUCCUUACAAAUUUUUUUCUGCAAUCAAUAUUCCCAAACUUGAGAGUAAAAUGUCAGGCUUUACAAAAAAGUAUUACUGAAGAGCAAAUAGUCCUGAAACACCUUGGGAGAUCUGCUGAAAGUUACACUGUGACAUGUCAAAUGACUACAGAAGCAGUCACUCAAAUUGUGCGUCUGUCUUCUCUUCCCAGUGCUUUCUAAUUACCUGAGUCUUCAGGUGAACUCUAACACAAAGGUAAUUCCGUUUAUUUUGCUUUCUGUAUUUAAAGGUUAACUCAACACACAUCCCCAUAUAAUUGCACAAACCUCAUUUUCCUCUUUACUCAAAUCUAUAACACAUCCUUGAAUUUCAAGUGGUGUACCAAAAUGCACUGGUCUUGUGCUGGUUUUGGCUGGGAUAGACACCUUCACAAUAUGGGCUGUGGUUUGGGCUCGUGAUCAAAAGUGUUGAUAACACAGGGAUGCUUCAGCCACUGCUCAGCAGGACUUGCACAACAAGCAGAACUUCUCUGCCUAUCGGAACACCCCACCAGUGAGAGGCUGGGGGUGCACAAGGACAUGGGAGGGGAGACAGCAGGGACAGCUGACCCCAGGGAUAGCCCAGAGCACAUGGUGCCAUGCUCAGCAAUGAAACCAAGCAGGAAAUUUGGCUGUGUUGCCAUUUCUCAGGAACUCGCUGGGCACCGGUCAGCAGGGGUUGCUUUCUACCACUUGGGUUUUUUGUUUCUCUCUCGUUUUUUUUGUUUGUUUUUUUUAUGCUUAUUAAACUCUUUAUCACAAACCAUGAGUUUCCACUUUUACCCUACCAAUUCUCCCUCCCAGCCCACCAGAGAGGAAGUAAGCAAGUGUAUGGGAUUUAGGUACUUUCUGGGAUUAAACCACAUCCUCCCUCUUUGGCACCCAGAUACUGGCAGAUUUGAUCAGUGUGUCAGAGCAGGAGGGAGCACCAAAGGGGAGGUCUGUUCUGCAGCAAAGCAGCCACAAGAACAAGAGGGGGAAGAUGCAAAAAUCUUAACUUCCAGUGCCAUCAUUUUCACUGCAGUAGUGGAGAUAAAACGGACACCAGACAGAAAUAUUUCCUCUCUGCAAAGGAAGGUGCCUGCAGCUUGUAUAGCUACCACUGUAGCUCUCCCCAUCAUUUACUCCUGCCUACUUCCCGCUGGAAUCUUUGGCAACAUUCUCGCCGCCUGGACAUUUUCACAGAGAGCACCCACACGAAGGACACAGUACAUUUACCUGGCCAACCUUGUGACUGCAAAUCUGCUGGUUUGCAGCACCAUGCCCUUCCUGGCUGCCUAUUUUGCGGACGGGCACCGCUGGCCCUACGAGUCCGCGGCGUGCAGGAUCGCCCAUCACCUGGGCACGCUGGUGAUGCACGUCAGCAUGUAUGUGACCAUCACCAUCCUGUGCUCCAUCGCCCUCAGCCAGUAUGCCACGCUGAAGAAGAACAGCGGCACACAACACUCCCAAGCGCUCCCUGGAAACUUCCACAGGCACCUGCUUCACAAAUUCCGGCGGCCAAAGUUUGCUAAAUAUUUGUGUGUCGUUAUAUGGCUGAUUGUGCUCUGCAUAACAGUCACAGCCAUCACGUACAACGUCCAGGAGAAGGUUUCAGCUGAGUUCCUGACCUGCUACAACAUCAGGGUAGAAGUUGGUGGAAGUCCUGCAAUGAUUGCAGGUUCUCUUGCCACUGUGUGGUUUUUUCUGUCCUUUAUAACAGUUUUGUGGUCAUACUAUUCUCUUACCAGACACCUCAGCAAAAUACAAAAAAACACCUGUAUUGGAGAAAAACAUCUAAUUUACAGAACAGUGAAAAGAAACAUUCUUGUCAUCCAGAUGAUAUUAACUGUCUGCUUUCUUCCAUAUCAUAUUUUUAGGCCAAUUUUCUAUGUACUGUCUAAAGAUAACGACUGCCCAAGAUUAAACUACCUAGUGGAAAUUAAAAAUUUCCUUACUUGUCUUGCUGCUGCUAAAAGUAGUUUAGAUCCAGUUAUAACCCUUCUGUUAGAUAACACAUUUAAGAAAAAUCUUUAUGGUCUGUUUACAAAAUCCACACCAGAACAUCAACAACAUAAUGAUGAUAUUUUCACUGAAAUGGGAAGGAGUAUGGAAAGAUUUUCAUAGACUAUAAGUACCAAUAAAUUAUUUUUAACUACCUAUAGGCAGGCUUUGAUAUGGAAUGGCAAAUAUUUAAAUAAAAUGGUAACAUAUUGUA